AUGGAACAUCAAUCUGCUGCAAAGAAAGGAAAGACGAUAGCCUCGUAUUUUAAGAAAAGAGAUCGUCAAACUAGUGAAAACACUUCAAUUCCCACUGUCCCUAUAAUGCAACAUCAAUCUUGUGAAAGUCUUCCAAUUCUUAGUGUCCAAAUUCCUUCAAUUUCCUCUUCUAGCGACAAUCAUCAGUUAUCCUCUAGUUGUAUUGAACGAGAUCCAGGAAAAAGAAAACAGAUAUGUGAAUAUCAUAUUAAUGUACGAGAUGAGAUAAGACGCUCAUAUCUAAAGAUGGGGCCUUAUCAACCAGAUAUGUUGGAGUAUUCGGCUACAAAAUUUGGAAGUCAAAAUCGUCGAUUUCAAAAAAAAUGGUUCCAGAAAUUUCAUUGGUUGGAAUAUUCACCUUCAACAAAUAAGGCAUAUUGCUUUUAUUGUUUUCUUUUCCUGAAUGAUGUUAAUUCGUCAAAUAUCUCGGCAUUGGUCAAUGAAGGAUUUGAUAAUUGGAAAAGGGUAAAUCAAGGAAAAACAUGUGCAUUUCUUGCCCAUAUUGGUUCUGCAGCUUCUUCGCCUCAUACUAUGUGCGAGAGAAAGACUGAAAAUUUGAUGAGACCCUCACGACAUAUUGAUAAUGUCAUGCAUGCCCAAUCUAAAGAGGAAAAAGAAAAAAAUCGUUUGCGUUUGAGGACCUCAAUUGUCACUGUUCGCUGGCUAGCACUUCAAGGGUGUGCCUUUAGAGGUAAUGAUGAAUCUCUAUCUUCAUCUAAUCGUGGGAAUUUUCUUGAAUUAGUAAAGGCUUUUGCAAAAAUGAGUACAGAAAUUGAUAAAGUUGUACUUGAGAAUGCUCCAAAAAAUGCUCAAUAUAUCGCUCCAGAAAUUCAGAAAGAGAUUUUACAUAUUAUGGCUAAUAGAGUAUGA